AUGGAAGCGAAGUAUGGUAUCGUUUUUACUGUGGCUUUGCUUGCUGGGCUCACCGUUACGCAUAAUGUGGUGGAUUACUUGGCGUCUAAGGCUGCGGCUAUUCCGUUCCACGGGGGACUUGUUGCUGAGCUGGCACUUUAUGUCCGCACUGUCCUUGCUACCCAAGGCUUUAUCAAAACCGAUAGUAUUGAAGAUUUGACCCUUGAGGAUACUUCGUUUAAUCCCCUGCUUCACCCUGCGACCAUUACCGCGGAGCUUGUUAAGCAAGCGCUCAAGGCUGGGUGUGGACAUGUUGUUGUUCCUGGAUCUGUUUGGUGGAUUGCAAAAUGA